CAUUCCUGUCUGCUUGAUAGUUCUCAGAGCAAUGUCUGGAAAAGAUAAAUUGGCAAUUUUCCCUUCUCGGGGAGCACAAAUGUUAAUGAAAUCCCGUUUACAGGGAGCUCAAAAGGGUCAUGGUUUAUUAAAAAAGAAAGCAGAUGCAUUGCAAAUGCGUUUUAGAUUAAUUUUGGGUAAAAUUAUUGAGACCAAAACUCUGAUGGGAGAAGUCAUGAAAGAGGCAGCUUUCUCAUUAGCUGAAGCAAAAUUUGCAACUGGAGACUUUAAUCAAGUAGUUCUUCAGAAUGUAACUAAAGCUCAAAUUAAAAUUCGUUCUAAGAAAGAUAACGUUGCUGGUGUGAAUCUUCCAGUGUUUGAAUCAUAUCAGGAUGGUACAGACACAUACGAAUUAGCAGGUUUAGCAAGAGGUGGUCAACAAUUGGCAAAAUUGAAAAAAAAUUAUCAAAAAGCAGUGAAGUUAUUAGUAGAAUUAGCAUCCUUGCAAACAAGUUUUGUAACCUUGGAUGAGGUUAUUAAAAUCACAAAUCGCCGUGUGAAUGCCAUUGAACAUGUUAUCAUUCCAAGAAUCGAGAGAACUCUUGCUUAUAUCAUAUCUGAAUUGGAUGAAUUGGAAAGAGAAGAAUUCUAUAGAUUAAAAAAGAUUCAAGAUAAGAAGAAACAAGCUAAAGCUAAGCUUGAUAUAAUUCGGGCGGAAAUGGUAGCUGCUGGCUAUGAUGAACCAACUGCAAAUAUGUUAGAUGAAGGGGAUGAGGACAUUCUAUUCUAAAUACUGUAAAUAACUUGUUUUCACCUUCUGAAGUAUUAAAAAAAAGUAUGUUCUGAUUCUGAGCGACUGUGUUAAGGAGCGAAUCCAAUGAAGUAUGAGAACAAAUUUAGUCCCUUCACAAAAAUCCUUGGACAAUACCAAUUACACAGUACAACUACGUUA